AUGGUUAACUUCUUUACCACCGUGAUCGCAAAUAUCUUCCGCCCCAGUCGCCGUGUGGGAAGUGUCGUGCCUCCCGGUCAUCCCGGUCAUGGUGGUAUCUGGCCGAAAUUCGUCCCUCCCACAUAUGGGGAAGAGAGCCGGUCCCCGUGUCCUGCACUCAACUGCCUUGCCAACCACAACAUCUUACCCCGGGAUGGUAGACAGAUCACAUAUAAGCAGAUUUCACAUGCAGUCCAGCACGCAUAUAAUCUUUCAUCAUCACUUGCCGACCAACUCACUGCUUCCGCUAAACUUCUUGAUCAAGGACGGGGUUGGAUUGACUUACAUGAUCUCAAUACCCUCAACAUCAUCCAACACGAUGCCUCGUUCACCCGUCCUGAUAUCGCCUUUUGCCCCGACCAAAGCUUCCCGCAUCCCGACCUGGUGGAGAGGUUCCUUGCCCACGCCUCAAGCGGGGAAUCCCUCUCACUCGAUGACAUUGUGAGCUACUCCGGAAUCCGCCGCGCAGAGUGCAAACGUAUCAACGGCCAAUACUCAUUAACGUGGAGCUUUUUACACGAGUUCUUUGGCUCUGGAAACAGUGCACUCAUGUACUCGGUCUUUGGUGGAAAUGUCAAAGACUUGCGCGUCUGGCUUUCCGAAGAGCGCUUCCCGGAAGGAUGGGAGCCGAAGAAUAGAGAGGCGCUUGGACAUACCAUCGCGCAAGCGCAAACUACCUCACUUGGUAUCGAAUUCAAUAUUAAUGAGACGCAGGAGAUCUGGCCUGGGGACGUCGUUUACUUUCAGCAGAAUGAGCCGUAG